CGAUGGGGGUGUUGGAAUGAAGAUCUGAAUGAAUUAAAUGACGAACGCAUGCAUGCAUGGGAAUAUAUGCAAGAAGGUAGAAUUGAAGAUGGGAAAGAGGGUUGAAGAAAUGCGAUUGAUAGGAGGGUUGAUAGGGGUGCAAUUUCUGUAUGCAGGGAACUCGGUGGUGCUGAGCUACCUCAUGCUUUUAGGCUUCCAGCCCUUGUCUCUCAUCAUCCUCUCCACCUUUGCCACUUUUAUGGUUCUUGCUCCCCUCUCCCUCAUUCUUGAAAGGCACCAAUGGCCUCAAAGGCUGCCUAUGAAACUAUGGAUUCAGCUUCUCUUGAUCUCUUUUGGGGGGGUGACAUUGUUUCAAUCUCUGCAAAUGAAGGGGAUCCAUCUCACCUCACCAGCAAUUGCCACGGCCAUGCCUAAUCUCGCCCCGGGUCUUAUCUUUUUCAUCGCAUGGGCUUUCAGGUUAGAAAAGGUGAAGCUGAGUAGCAAGUAUAGUAGAGCCAAAAUUGUGGGAACAAUAUUUUGUGUCAUGGGUGCUACACUGAUGAGCUUCAUGCAAGGAACCUCCCACACCCACACAUCAUCAUCAAGCUCAUGUCACCUUGAGAAGAUCACAGGUUCUGUCUAUCUACUCACUGGCGUUUUCACCCUAUCAAGUGUCAUCGUUUUGCAGGCUGCAACAUUGGGAGAUUUUCCUUCACCGAUCACUAUAUCUGCAAUAACAUCAUUGAUGGGUAUGUUUUUCACAAUAAUAGUCCAGCUGAUUCAAGAUCACAAAUUAGAGAUCGGUUUGUCAAACACAAACAUCCAAAAUCUCCUGGGUUACUCUUUACUGGCAGGGUGCAUAAGUGGGGCCUCUACAAGCUUCAAUGCAUGGGCAAUGAAGAAAAGAGGGCCAGUAAUGGUGGCUGUUUUCGGUCCGGUUGGAACUGUCAUUUCCAUUAUACUCUCUGUGAUCACUUUAGGAGACUCCAUUACUCUAGGAAGCCUUGCAGGCAUGUUUCUCAUGUUCACCGGCCUCUACUUUGUUCUUUGGGCUAAAGGAAAUGAGGUUUUUGAUAACCAUCCUAAUGAGUACGACAUGGAGAAACCGCUCUUAUCCUGAUUCUGUGCUUCGCAUAUUAAGCACAAGUCAUGUUACGUCCAAGAAGAUACAAGUGAUAAAAGCAAGCCAUGCAAUAUAAAAGAAGCAACAACAUGCAACAUAAAGGUCGAUGUUGUAAGUAGAUACAAAAAGAGAACUCCAGAAGCUUCUAGUUAGUUGGGUAGUUAGAAUUCUGUUUUGAUGUAAUAUCUAUUUAUGUCUUUCUUGUCCUAUACUUUACGAAUGGCUUGUAUAAACCUUUGCACUCUGUACACUUUUGUGAAGAUGAAUAAAGCUUUCUUGCUCUUCUAUUUUUCA